AUGUCUGCAUUGAGAAACAUCAAGUUCAAUGAAGAAGAAGAUGGUGAACUACCCUGCCUCGUAACAGGUGAAGAAAAUAAUCUACAAGAAAUUUUGGAAAAUGUCUCGUAUGAUGGUGGAAAUAUUGUUAGCGAUGCAAAAGUUGAAAGGGUAAACAAGCAAGUGGAGAACACUUCUGCAGGCGCAACAGAUGUGCACGAGAAAAAGCGUAUUCCUGUGAGCAUUAUUACCGGCUAUCUAGGAUCAGGUAAAUCGACGUUGCUGGAAAAAAUUGCAUUAAAAGGUGCAGAUAAAAAAAUUGCCGUAAUUUUAAAUGAAUUUGGAGAUUCUAGUGAAAUCGAAAAGGCUAUGACCAUUAAAAAUGGAUCGAACAGCUACCAAGAAUGGUUGGAUUUGGGUAACGGGUGUCUGUGUUGUUCGUUGAAAAAUAUAGGUGUUAAAGCCAUCGAAGAUAUGGUGGAGCGUUCACCUGGUAAAAUCGAUUAUAUCCUUUUAGAGACCUCCGGUAUUGCAGAUCCCGCCCCCAUUGCGAAAAUGUUCUGGCAGGACGAAGGAUUGAAUAGCAGCGUUUACAUUGACGGGAUCAUCACGGUUUUGGAUUGUGAGCAUAUACUAAAAUGCUUAGAUGAUAUUUCCAUCGAUGCCCAUUGGCAUGGUGACAAAGUUGGUUUGGAGGGGAAUCUGACUAUUGCACACUUCCAACUAGCCAUGGCUGAUCGAAUUAUAAUGAACAAAUACGAUACUAUCGAACAUUCACCAGAAAUGGUCAAACAAUUAAAAGAAAGAGUACGGGAAAUAAAUUCUAUCGCACCGAUGUUCUUCACCAAGUAUAGUGAUACGCCGAUUCAAAAUUUACUAGAUAUUCAUGCAUACGACAGUGUACGGAUAUCUGACAUCUUAGAUAGUGGUAGCGGAAACGGUACCAUUCAUGAUGAUCGAAUGGGCACAAUAAUGCUUACUUUCAGACCAUUAAAAAACGAGGAAGAAUAUAAUAAUAAGUUUAUUAAGCAAUUUUUGCAACCUUUAUUGUGGAAGAAUUUUGGAGCCAUGACAGUGCUGGGAGGGCGUCGCCGAGAUGACGGCCGUGAUUGGGAAGUACAAAGAACUAAAGGUCUGAUACUUAUUGAAGGAGAGAACCCCAUUGCUCGUGUAAUCCAAGGCGUCCGCGACACCUACGAUGUCUUUCCAGGCAAAUAUGACGGAUCCAAUAAAGAGUGUAAAAUUGUGCUGAUUGGGAAGUACCUAGAAAAGGAAUCCAUAGAGGAACUGUUACGUAAAACCCUGGAAUGA